AUGGCUGCCAAUGCAAGCAGCGUACACAACGUGAGUGGGACAGGUCGCGAGGAGCUGCAGACACAGCAGCAGCGAUCGGACACGCCACUGACGCAGAGCCUACAGGUCCGCUCCGGCCGAUCCAACAUGAAUUCAUCUGCGAUGAACAAUGACCGCGCACGCGGCUCUCAUGGCAACAAUGCGGGGAAGAGUUUCGGUGCUGGCAAGUCCAGCUGGCAGAACAACAUCUGGGGCGACUCCAAUCUCGGAGGUGGAUUUGCAGAUGAUCAACACAUUAGCGAGACCGCGUUUGAAGGAAAGUCGGGCUCUGGCUCCCUCCUAUCGUCAUCCGAAUCUGAUGGCUGGGUGGGACGCCCUAACCUGCCUUGGAGUACCGUGAACACCUCAUCCCUGGCGAUGGGCCAGAACCGAAGCAUGGCAACCUCUCCGAUCGAGACUCGUGCGAACGACCGCAGUGCCCCGGCUCUGAACAACAAUGGCGACUCGGCUUCUUCAUAUUUCGCGCUGCCGCGCACUACUGGCAUCGGAACUUCUGCCGGCACAGUCAGCCACCGACCUUACUUGAACAACGGGGGCUCUGAGAGUGUUUCUCCAUCCGGAGAUGGCCUUCAAUUCGGUGGAUUUCCAGCCCUUCGCAAUGGUGAUGGGCGACGACAGAUGAGCACGACUGGUCUGGGCGGAAGUCCCGUUGGUGCUACCUUCCCUACGAAGGCUGGCUUUUCCCACCCGAUGGAUGGACAACGCCAGGAUGAUCUCGCUACCCCCAUGAACAUGUCCUCUCUCUCAGGUCUGCCCGACAGCAUGUCUCCCCCUCAGACGCGUACUGGACUCUCCCACAUCUCUUCCAACUCCGCUUCAUACGCUUCACAACGUCCUGUUCACGCUGCACGACCUUCCUUCUACUCUGACAACAACAGCAUCGACGGUCGCUAUGCUGGUGGCACGGUGGAUCUCAACGCGGGCUUGAACAAUCUACAGCUGAACGACGGAGGAUAUGCUGGUCAGAGUGCGGCCCAACGUCCUGCGUACAUUCCCCACGCUUCCUUCGAUGGAUCCCUUCCUCGCAAGUUCCAGAACAGUGAUGAAGCCGCCUACCACACAAUGGCAGCAUACGCCACUGAUGGUGCUCCGGACAUGAUCUACUCACGCUCCCGUGGUGGGGAGACCGGCUCCAUCUCUCCCUCGGAGUACGCUCGAAUGGACAGCCCGAUUUACGCUGGUGUCGAUGGUGCUCAGUACCGCAACUCUGGUGGCCGCGUUGGUGAAAGCCAAAUUGCGGCCUUCGAGCGUCGCAUGCGACUCCAGCAGGAAGAGCUCGCACAGAGUCAGGGCAAUGGCAUGCAGCGGAUGCAGAUGCCCCCUUCGUACGAUUACCAGGGAUACCAGGCGGCUCGUCUCAACGCGAUCCAAGGUUACUACACGAUGCCUGCCCUUGGUCUUGGUGCUGCUGCUAUGGUCAACCGUUCGCACCGUGAGCACGACCCCACACAGGUGGUUCGCAGCCCUCUGCUAGAGGAAUUCCGCGCGAACAGCAAGGGAAACAAGCGAUACGAACUCAAAGACAUCUACAAUCAUGUUGUUGAGUUCAGCGGUGACCAGCAUGGCUCGCGCUUCAUUCAGCAAAAGCUCGAAACUGCCAACAGCGACGAGAAGGAGCAAGUCUUCCGCGAGAUCCAGCCCAAUUGCUUGCAGUUGAUGACCGAUGUGUUUGGUAACUACGUGGUGCAGAAACUGUUCGAGCACGGCAAUCAGACCCAGAAGAAGAUUCUGGCUAACCAGAUGCGCGGCCACGUUCUCGCUCUGUCGACCCAGAUGUACGGAUGCCGUGUCGUUCAAAAGGCACUGGAACACAUCCUGACUGAUCAACAAGCGAUCAUGGUGAAGGAGCUUGAGAACCAUGUUCUCAAGUGUGUCCGAGACCAAAACGGCAACCAUGUCAUCCAGAAAGCCAUUGAGCGUGUCCCAUCUCACUAUGUGCAGUUCAUCAUCAACGCAUUCCGCGGCCAGGUGAACCGACUUGCGGCUCACCCCUACGGCUGCCGUGUUAUCCAGAGAAUGCUCGAGCAUUGCGAGGAAGUUGACCGAGAGUCCAUCCUUGGUGAACUGCACGCUUGCACAACUGCCCUCAUUCCGGACCAGUUCGGCAACUAUGUCAUCCAACAUGUCAUUGAGAACGGCGAUGAGAAGGACCGCAACCGCAUGAUCGUCAUUGUCAUGGGCCAGCUGAUGGCCUACUCCAAGCACAAGUUCGCUAGCAACGUCGUUGAGAAGAGUAUUGAGUUCGGCGAGGAGAGCCAGCGUCACCACAUCAUUUCAACGCUUACCUCGUCGCCCGACCGCAACGGCGAAAGCCCUCUGCUUGGCUUGAUGCGUGACCAAUAUGGCAACUAUGUCAUCCAGAAGGUCCUUGGUCAACUCAAGGGUGCCGAGCGCGAAGCCCUCAUCGACCAGAUUAAGCCCCUACUGAGCCAACUUAAGAAGUUCAGCUAUGGCAAGCAGAUAGUCGCGAUCGAGAAGCUCAUCUUCGACCCCAACAACCCGGCCACCGGCCCGCUCCCCCACACCACCUCGACGACUCCCCCCAACUCUCACAAAUCCUCUCCUCAGCCAUCCAAGCGCUCAAUUCCCAUGGAGCAGCCGCGGGCCUUUAAUACCGUUGACGACUCCCUUGAGUCGAAGGGGCUUGCUCACAGCACGGUGACUUCGGUUUCCAGUCCCGAGACAGGCAACACCGGUGUUGCGGUCCCGGUCGAUGUCACCAGUGCUCACUAA